UUUCACUUCUUCGAGGUGAUUGCCAAAUAACUGCUUCUUCUUCAUAUUCCCAUAUAGUCCGUUCUUAUAUAUACAUUUUAUACUACUGAAUAACAGAUACUGCAAUGCCCUCUCCUCCUCCUAAACUCAAGAAAUUCGAGCGAAUCGGCACCUUGAAAGAUGUCAACGGACACAAUUACACCCGAGACAUCGGAUGCUCCUCUGUCUUCAACCGUAAGCCGAUCUGGCUGUUUGGCGACACCUUCCCGCUCAACGACAAAGGCCAGAUGAUUGGCCUUCUCACCUCCACCGCCGCGAUGGGCAACGAGCGCGAACCGACAAAGAGCAAGUAUUGGAUCUGCAAGAGCGACGGAAAGCCGGCUCAGUUUAUCCCGUUCACAGACGAAGAGUGGCGAUUCAACAAGGAGCAUCAGGGAGGUGGCAAGCAGAGAUACUUUCUGUGGUCGUUCUCGAGCAUAGUCGAGACUUCCCCUGGACAAGGAUGGGUCUUCUUUACCAAAGGACGUACUCAAUCGACUAACCUCUCCGACAACGUCGGAUACGGCGUUCAGAUCGGUCGUGUAUCCACCGACGAACAUGGCAUGCCCGUCGUCACUCGCUGCAUGAACGAGCCCUUGUUUCCCCAUAACACAAUCACAUGGGGUUCCUUUGAGACUUUGAUCGACCACGACUACAUCUACCUCUACGGCGAAAAAGGCGGUCAGAUCUUUGUCUCCCGUGUGCCCAACGACUGCCCUACCGACCGUUCGAAAUACGAGUUCUGGACUAAAGACAACACCUGGUCCAAAGAGCAAAAGAACCUCAAAGAUCUCUUCUGGAAACUCCAGUCCGGAACCGUCUUUUGGUCAAAAUACUACAACUGCUUCAUUCUCAUCGGAUGCACCAUGUGGGCUGACAACAAAAUCAUCGUGCGCCAUGCCAAACGGCCUGAAGGACCUUGGACUUCCGACGCUUUGCUCUACCAGCUUUAUAAACCCCAGUCCGGGUUCAAUUACUGCGUCAACGUGCAUCCCUGGGCGUUCCCGGAAUCCAACGGCGGCGAACUCCUAGUCUCCUGGACUGACCAACAUACCGGCGUCGUCGAGCUGGGAAAAAUCACCUGGGAGGGAUAUAACGACUAAACAAUUAUGCUAUCGGCGGGUGCGGUGUUUCUUAAUUAGGACAUCCUAUGCAGUCUCAAAACCAGACUCAGCAGCCUUACAGCAUACCCCAAGGACCCCAGUACCAGCAACAACAACAGCAACCGCAGCAGCAGCAGGGAAUCGAAUCACUGUUAUAUAAGUUGUUUUCUAAAUUCUUGUGUAAUGCUCUAUGAUUUAUUGUUUUUUGGAUUAUUUUGCUUGUGAAUGAAAUCUAUAUUACACCU